AUGUAUUUUCAGCGAGCAUGCCCCCACCCGACCUGUUCUGAUCACGGUGUUUGCGUGAACGGCCAAUGCUACUGUACGGACGGAUGGAGGGGAAAAGAGUGUGCUGAGCAAAUUAUGGAACCAACUAUUGCUACCGUACCUGCUACCGUAGUGGCUGCCCUGGUGCCGAUGGUCGAAGUGAUGCCGUCUCCGAGUGAAAAACCGAGGCAAAUCAGUAGAGAGUUGGAUAGACAGAAGUUGCCUAAGCCUAGUAAAAUAAUUCUACCGCUACCGAACUGCAGCAAUCAUGGGAAAUUUGUGGCGGAUGCAUGCCGAUGUGAUCGUGGCUGGGAAGGAAGGGACUGCGAGAGAGAAGUGUGUCCUCCAUGUGAACAUGGUGUGUGUAAAAGUGGCCUGUGUAUAUGUGAAGUGGGAUGGACUGGAAAUCUAUGCGAUCAUGCUGAUUGUGCUAUAGGUUGCCAGGAGCACGGGAAAUGCAUGAAGAAUGGGACGUGUUUAUGUGACAAAGGCUGGAAUGGAGAAAAUUGUCAUAUAGAAGGGUGCCCACUGUCCUGUUCUGGUCAUGGUGAAUGUCGUUGGGGUUCUUUGCAAGACGAUGAUGGCGAAGGAUGGCGAUGUGAUUGUCAGCCUUCAUUCACUGGUGGCGAUUGUGCUGUGCCAGUGGAGACCGAUUGUCAGGAUGGACUCGACAAUGACAAUGAUGGUCUAAUCGAUUGCGAUGAUCCGGAAUGUUGCUCGUCGUCGGAAUGUUCCCGAGAACCCGUAUGUGCUGCGGUUCCUACCCCUGUCGAUGUACUGCUACGACUGCCUGCUGUACAGAACGCCAACUUUUUCCAGCGUGUUUCGUUCAUCAUUCGUAACGAUUCUGUCCAGAGCUAUUCGGAUCAUUCACAGUUCAAUGAAAGCAUGAUAUCGGUGAUUCGUGGUCGUGUGGUUUGGAAUGGUGGAGCAGUCAGUGACAGCAAAAGUACAGUACCUCUGCCUGGAGUGAGGGUGUCGGAUGCAGCAAAUCCACUCUAUGGGUUCACUCUCACCAGACUUGAUGGCGAAUUUGACCUGCUUGUCAACGGUGGCCGGACAGUGAACCUACAAUUCUUGAGGAGUCCUUUCCAACGCAUAAAACGGAGCGUCUACGUGCCUCCAAAUGAAAUUGUUGUCGUCGAUCCAGUCAAAAUGGCACGGGAAGAGCAACGUGAAUUGAGUGCCCGCCCAGAAUGCUCGAUAGCCAAUCGGGUACUACCAAUACCAGUACUUCGACCUGAGUGGACUGUUUCUACCGAUGGAAUACCGUCUUCAACAAGUGCUGCAACUCUCGUAGUUGAUACAAGGAGUGUCGUUCAGAGUCUUCCACUUCCUGGCUCGUCUGUACGCUUGGUCUACGAUUCAUCAAGAGCAACGUCUUCGCAGUCCACGCUCGUUUUGGGGCUUCUGCCAAACAAGCCUGAUCCUGAUGUUCGACUUGUGCAUGUGAUAGUGAAGAUCGCCGGGAAGGAACGUUUCGAGAAGAGCCUAGCGCCGCGUGAAAACCUUACAUACGUGUGGUCGUGGGAUAAGCUGAACGUGUACCGUCAAAGCGACCACGGAAUGAUUCCAGCCGAUGUAAAAAUUGGCUAUGAAUACCGAGGUUGUGGUCGACCGUCCGAGCUAGCAUGGAUAAGCCGUCGAGUGUUUAUGGAAGGAGCGCGUGCCCGUCGCCUUGAGGGCGGAGCUUGGAGUGUGGAUAUUCAUCAUCAUCUGGAUGCUGUCAAUGGGGGGUGGGGUGUACUGGAAAUGGGUAAUGGAGGACGGCGAUUCAUAGCGAAUUCAGCCCCGGUGUUAGAGUUAUUGGUCGGUACGAAUAAGCGUCGCCAACUGGAAUGCCAGAAUUGCAAUGGCCCAGUGACAGAGGCGAAUCUGUUCCGCCCAUCAACGCUUGCACAUGGCCUGGAUGGAAGUGUGUUUAUUGGUGAUCAUAACCUUGUGAGACGUAUUGGCCCAGAGGGACAAAUCACGACGGUAUUAUCAUUGAGCCUUCCCGACACUUCGUAUCCGUACUAUCUGGCCGUCAGUCCAUUGGAUGGAUUUUUGGUGGUACUGGCUGGAGAUGGAACAGCAUGUCCAGCAGCAGCUGAUUCAUGUGGUGAUGGUGGACCAGCCACAGAUGCCCAAUUGUUCUUCCCAAAGGGCCUUGCGUAUGACGCACAAGGAAACUUAUACGCUCGAGUGGCCUACGUCCUUGUCGGUACAUCUGCUAACGGCCAAAUUUUUGUGUUGGAUUCGAACGUGGUCUACCAACUCGAUCGAGCCCAGGAUACAGCUGAAAUUGUCGUGGGCGCUCUGACAACGUGCCAAAAUGCCUCUUCGCGGCAUAUCCUGCGGAACGCGCGCGAUAUCGCUGUAGCCACCGACGGGUCACUGUACGUCAUCGAAUCGGAUGGAAAGAAAUUGAACCAAAUCCGCCGCCUGUCUGCUGAUCGCACGAGCUUCCCAGUGAUUGCCGGCCAGAAAACAGCGUGCGCGUGCGACGUGGCCGCGUGCGGCUGCGACGACGCGGCUUCGCCAAUGUCUGUGAUCUCAGUGAAAAUGGCGCUGUUCAGCGCUCCGUCAGCAGUUAGUGUCGAUGCCGUUGGUCGCGUCUACGUCGCGGACGCGGCGAACGCGAAAGUGAAACGAAUCACGCCACGCGUCGCGCGAUAUGAUCCGAUGGCUCGGCAGUAUAGUGUCGUUGAUGCGGAUCGAAAUGAGCUCUACACGUUCAAUCGCUACGGUCUUCACACUUCGACGCAAUCGCUGAUUACCGGAGCGGUGCUGUACAAUUUCACGUAUAAUGUGGAUAC